AUGGUGUACCGCAUAAACAAGAACGCCCAACACAGCAGCGCGACAUCGGCCUCCAAGGAAAGGAACGCCACCAAGGGGGGCAAGGGGGACAAGGGGGAUAAGGCGUACAAAGGGAAGGACCCACAUAAGGAGGGUCAUAAGGACCCACACAAAGAGGGCCAUAAGGACCCACAUAAGGAGGGUCACAAGGACAUCCACCAGUGGUACAUCGAAAACAACAUCGAGCAGAAAAAAAAAAACCCGGAAAUCGAAAAGGACAAAAAUGCCUACUUCGAAGACACGGAGGUCGAGAAAAACGUGGAGGAGUACAUAAGCGUAGUGUGCAGAAUAAAAAACGACAUCAGUGAGAAGGAAAACGGAGAAGAAAAACAAAGCAACGAUAUAGAUGUUAUCAAAAAGGUAGCCAAAAAUAAGCUAGUCAUAGAUACAUGCCCAAUGGGAAACAAAAAUAAUGGACUCAAUUUAGAAUAUACAUACGAUCGAGUCUACGAUAUUGAAAAUAAUAAUCACAUGAUUUUUAAUGACUAUAUUAAGCAUAACAUAAAAAAUAUUUUUCAAGGAAUUAACUGCAGCAUAAUGGCAUAUGGACAAACAAACAGUGGGAAAACCUACACCAUGUUGGGAAAUUUCGAAUACUUAAAUAAUUUAUUUCACCUUUGUAAGGAAAACCAAAACAAAAAAAUGGGAUGGUCAGUCGAUAACGACAUUGCUAUCACUUAUGAAGAACUGACCAACUGUAUAUCGAAUGAACCGAACUAUGUAGGACUCAUUCCUCAUUGCAUAAAUUACAUUUUUAAUUAUAUAAGUUAUCACAGAAGUGAGAAGGAACCACCGAAUGGGCUAAAAGAAUUUGUUGUUACUAUGUCCAUUCUUGAAAUUUACAACGAAAUAAUCUAUGACUUGAUCAGCGGAGAAAGUAACCUCUCUGUUCAUAUGAUCGAUGCAGACAAAAAUGAAUUCGUCAUUAAAAAUUUGAAAGAGGUAGAAAUUGAAAAUGUUAUCAAUGCUCUUCAUUAUUUGGAGGAAGGAGUGAACAAUAGGAAAAUAGCCUUUACACAUAUGAACAAGGCUUCCUCUAGAUCUCACCUUAUUUUUAUUAUAAAAAUUAAUAGGUAUAUUCACUCUACCAAUACGGUGAGGUGUGGGAAGCUGUGUCUUGUUGAUUUGGCUGGAAGCGAACGACUUAAACAGACAAAGGCUACUGGUUCUGUCAAAAUAGAAACCACCAUGAUUAAUAAAAGUUUGACUGUACUCAGUAAGGUUGUAAAUGCCUUGGCUGUGAUGCAGAUUAAGGAGAAAAUGGACAAGGCAGGCAAAGAGAAGCCGCCCCCUGAUCAUGUUUCCCCCCCGGUGGAAGCCUCCACUGCAGUGCCUACCGAUGCUGUUCCAGCUGGGGACGAAUCGGCAGGGAAGGAAGACCACACGGAGGGGCACAAACCAAGCGGGUCCAACGCAACGAAGAAGGCCAAUGUGCACAUCCCCUACCGAGACUCCAAACUCACAAGGGUGCUCUCGGACAGCUUGGGCAACAACUGCAAGAGUAUACUAAUCUGCACCGUGUCGUCAAAGCUGCACUACCUGAACGAAACCGCCUCCACCAUCAAAUUCGCACAGAGGGCUAAAAUGGUGAAAGCCAAGCCAGUGGUGCGCGAAGAAAAAAUGGAAACAAAACAUGACAAGGAAAACUACCAUAGCAAAAAGGAGGGAAGCGAAAGCGAGCAUAGUCUUAAGGAGAAAGCAGCAGACAUCUUCGUCAACUUCAAUAAAAACCAUAUUACCAAGGAUAUGAUUUUCUUCUCCUUUAGUCUCUGCAUUUUUAGCUACAUCUGUGGGUUCAAGAGCACUGGUAAGGUGAAAUAUCUCGACUUUUUCAUCGAGUCAUACAAGAACAAAAUUGACAUAAUAAAAGAUCAACUCAGCAAAGAGGGUACAGACACCAACGAUGUUAACGAGUGCAUACUGAAGACAUUCGAUGAGCUGAAACUUCUAACAGAGGAGGAAAAGGAGAGGUACUUAAAGACCCAACAGGCGAAGCUGCAAAGUAAUGACGUAGAGGAGCAAUCAGGGGCAGGAAAAAGGCACAACCACCUGCACAAACUACUGGGUAAUAGAUUCUUUGGGAAGGCAGCCAUAGCGGAUGGAAGGAAUGAGGGAGUGGCCACAGGAGGGGAAGCGGACAGGAGCGAUCCUAACGGACAAAUUGCACCUGACGCGACGCAGCUGAGCAUACUCAAAGGUGGAGCUCACGUGGAAGAAGAUGAAGAAGACGCACUAAUAGGAGACAUCCUAAUAAAAAUGAAAAACGACAUUUGCAGCAUUCUGAAAUUCAACUUAGCUAGAUUGAAAAGCAACCUAAAGGAGGAUGCGCAAAUGUUCGACGAGAUGUUGGAUAUUGUAAACAACGUGAAGGAAAAUAACAACAUUUUUUUAAUGAACGAGUUAAAUCAGCUGGGAAAGGCAGAUGCCAUGGGAAAGGCAGAUGUCAUGGGAAAGGCAGAUGCCAUGGGAAGUCACGCGGAGGGGAAGAGUCAAGUAGGAGAGAAUGAAGCGAAUAAUUCGCUUUACAAAGAAACAAAUCACCCCACAUAUGAUCCUUCCAACCCGGGAAGGGUAAAGGCAAAGGGAGAGGCUACCAAGGGGGAGGCCACCAAGGGGGCGGGUGCAAAGGAUAAACAACCCAUUGCUGAUCGGAAGGCAGACCUCAAAGGGGGAAAAAAAUGGGCCAGGUGGAAAGGAGACCACGUAGAAAAAGAUGAACAAGCAAAGCAUCCACAACAACAAAUCGAACUAUACCAACCUGAGUACUUCGCCAGAAAUAUCCUCAGUGUACACAACAUACAAAAUAUCUUCGAGUACGUGAAUAAUAACUACACCAAAUUUAUUAGCGAUUUUACUACAGACAAAAGCACCGUUUUUACAAACUUCGAUUUGAAGGAAAAUCUGGACAGGCAGAUUAUUGAGAAAAAUAAUACCAUAUAUAAUUUUAUCCACUCAGCUACCAUGUUUCAACAUAGUGGCACAUUGAAGGACCUGAACAGCAACUACUUCUUCAAUAAAAUUCAAACGGAACUGUUUAAUAAUUAUGGAAACCAUCAUAAUGCGAAUUUCAGGUGCAUACACAGCAUGCUCGAGGGGAGCGUCCACAAGGAAGACGCUGUGCGGAGUGCCAAAGGGGGGGCCAACAACACGGGCGCCCCUGCCAACGGUGGUAGCAACUAUGGCAACAAUUUGAGCGGCGAUGGGCAUGGCCCCCCCCAGCAGAAGAAGUACUUUUCCAUUAGAGACAUCCAACCCACGGACCCCUCAGACAUUCUCCACAUUACCAGCGGGAUCAAUCAAACCGUGAAAUUCGCCAGCAUCAAAGAGGGGGAAGACGGACAAGUAGUGGAAAAAUCGGUGAACUUUGCCGUCGAGGGGAACACUGCCAAUAAUAGUCAGCUGCCAUCCAGUGAGAUGAUCCCAAAAGAAAACAAACAGAAACAAUGCAGCCCACGCAACAGUAUCCGUGUCUCGCAAAAGGGACUCCAAAUGGAUGAAUUGGUAAAUUUGAUAGAAAAUGAAGACUUCAAAAAAUUGUAUGAAUAUAUUACGGACAAGGGUAACAACAAUGAGGGGGUUCAUUUUAAGGAUGGGGAGGAGUGUUCCCAUGCAGCCUUCAAAGAGCUCGAGUCCAGGAUAAAUCAGGAAAUACGGAAAAUAAAUGACUACGUGACGGUGGAUAUAUCCCCUGUGAGUGGGAGUGGGAAGACCAAGCGCGGAAGCAAGGCGAGUGGGAAAAAAAAUAAAGGCGCGAGAGCAGAAGGGAAGCGUUCCUCUAAGGGGAAUGCAAACAAAGAGGAGUGGAACAAUAGCAGUAGUGAUAAUAAUGAUUGCAAUACUGGUCAGCGUGCCUGCCAAGGAGCACUUCCCCAAAUUGGAGACACCUGUAGAAAUUUUACGGACACAAAAACAACCAAUAACUUCAAUCACACACACAUUUCCUACUUGGAAAAAAAACGAACCACUAAUUUGUUCUUCCAAAAAAUUAUUAACAUAAUUAGGAAUAUAUUUCAAAAAAAAGAAUCCCCCAAAGACCCAAUCGAAAUUAACACGUCUGACCUCAUCGAUAAUGAGCUCCUGUACAAUAAAAAGCUACUCGAAAAAAAUUUGGAUUCCUACAAUAUUCGAAAUUUUCAAAUCAAUGAUAAAAAAAUCUAUCUCCUCAACGAGUCGGAGUACGUACACCUCAGGGAGUUAAUAAAUUACAAAAACAAAAUGCUUUCCUUUUUGAAUUGCGAAUAUAGGAAGUUUAAAAUGUCACUAUCGUGA